AUGUCAACCGCGACAGCCUCGACUUCGAGCGGGUCGACGACGGCGGGGCUGGACACGGCCAAGCUCUUGCUGCAGAAGGUGGUCAGGGGGUUCUACGGGCCGAGGCAGGCGAUCUUGGUGGACCAGCUCGUCAAGAAGGAGGUCUUUCCGGCCGACGAGCUCUCCAAGCGACUCGGGAUGCAGGUUAAAGACGUGACCAAGAUCGCACACCGGCUCAUCGAGGACCAGCUCGUCCAGAUCCACCGCCGGUCCGAGAUGCGAGAGAACGGUGCGAUGAAGGCGUUGCAGAGGGGCUACUACUAUCUCGACUACUCGCGAGCGACGGACGUGAUCAAGUGGCGGAUGUACAAGAUCCAGCAGACGGUCGACGUCGAGCUGCGGAAUGAGCUCGACGCGCAAGGCUACGUCUGCCCGCUCUGCAAAGCCACGUACACACCUCUCGACGCCGCCAACCUGAUCGACCCCUUCCGCAACAUCCUCGCCUGCAGCGUCUGCCAGACCGAGCUUGUGGACAAGGAGAACGAAGAGGACGUGCAGGGCAAGAAGGAGCGGAUGCAGAGGCUCAACAAGCAGUCGAAGAGUAUUGUCGACUUGCUGAAGAAGCUCGAGCAGGCAGAGUUGCCUAGGUUCAACGUCGAGGCCUACCUCGCCAUCCACGGUCCAGCUCUCGGCGUCACCGCAGCCGCAGCAGCCGAAGCAAACGGUACCGCUGCUCCGGCCGCAGCAAUCGUCAAGAUCCACAUGGCUGGCGACGACGACGAAGCAAAGGAGAAGGCUCGUCGCGAGCGCGAAGUCGAGGAGAAGCGCGCGCAGAAUGCUCUGCCAAGCUGGAUCGCGCAGUCGACCAUCUCGGCGGAUUCGGAACAGACGUUCGGCUCGACUGGGAGUGCGGCGGCGUCUCCCGCGGAAUCACCUGCGCCCGAAGCUCCGGUUAAGCCGGCGAUCAGCCAGCCUUUGCGGAUGCUCGGCGAGGAGGCGAAGCCUGCGGUUGACGCGAAUGCAGCGGACGAAGAUCAGGAGGAAGAGGAGGAGAUCGACCUCGACGCGUACUACGCAAACCUUGAGCUGGCGCAGCCGUCGGAGGAUUCGACGAACUCCUCUACGCCCGCUCUGGGCCAACCGGUCGACACGCCUGCGCUCUCGCCGCCCAUCUCCUUCUCGGGACGAGAAGCCUCUGAAUCACUCGACACCGUCGAUCCGCCUGCGCCACUCAAGCGCGAGCGAGAAGACGAAAGCGAGGACUACGAUUCCGGCGCGAGUGCGAAGCGGGCCAAGCAGGACGACACGCCUGCGACCGCCUCGCCAGCACCUCCUUCCGCCACUGCCACGCCCGAAGCGCCAGCAGCCACCGGCGAGGCCGACGCAGACGAAGAGGACGAGGACGAGUUCGACGAGUUCGAGCCGGCCGAGGGUGUGAACACGGACCCGAACCAGUUCGUCUCCGUGGGCGGCAAGAUGCUGCCGUUCUCGCAAGUGACGGACGAGAUGACUGGUGAUAUGACCGCGGACGAGUACAGCGCGUAUUGGGAAGUCUACCAAGCGGUUAACGGCUAG